AUGAUUUUGAUGGAUGAGGAGGGAAGGAAAAUUCAUGCAUCAUGUGUGAAGAAAUGGUUUCCUAUAUUCAAGCGCUAUUUAAAAGAGGAUAGUUCAAUUUAUGUCAAGAAACCUAACGUCGCACCAAAUACUUCAAAAUUUAAGUUUGCUCAUCCGGAAUCAAAACUAAAUUUUUAUCACGAUACAAUUGUAAAAGAUUGUGAAAACUUUUCUGGAUCUGCACAUGGCUUUCAUUUUGUUGACUUCAAUACUAUCGUUUCUAACAUCCUGGAGUCAAACUCUUUUGAUAUUAUUGGACACAUUUUUGAGUAUGGGCAUAUGGAUACCUUAGAACAAGAUAAAUCAAGACACAAGAUGCUCUUGCAUCUUCAAGAUAUAGAGGAUACUAAGCUUAAGAUAACUUUGUGGGGUCAUAAUGCAUACUACAUGCAUGAUUUUCUUGCUAACAAUAACAGCCUUGCUCCAGUUGUUGUUAUUGUUCAAUUUGCCAGGGUGAAGUUUAUUAAUGGUCGUCCUUUUUCAUCCACCUACUUUGAUGUUAGUAGGGUUUUCAUAAACAAUGAUAUCGAUGAAAUUACAAUCUACAAAAACAAAUUGGUCUCUGAAAAUGGACAACAACUGUCAUCAAGUGGAAUUAAAAUGAUUACAUCAAAACAAGACACAGAACAUGAUGACUUUCUGAAAAAUCAUUUGUUUUCUAAUAUUGAAGACUUGUUUGAACCUUUGGAGGAAAAGACUGUCAUUAUUGUUGGUACUGUUAAGGGAAUACGUCAAAAUAUACGUUGGUAUUACCUUGCUUGUAGCAACUGCAAAAAGUCAGCAAAAGAAAAAGAGUCUUCAACUGAUAAGCCUGGCAACAAUUUGGAAUUGUAUCCAAUGGAGUUGAAAGUUGUGUUGGACAGAAAGUUGGCAAUUAAGAUUGAUAUCACACGUUACAAUGUCGAUAAUAAAAGUAAUCUUUAUGGGAUAUCAAGAUUAACCGAGAAUGCAGACAUAAUUGAUGAAUUGGAAAAAAAUAAUCUUACUCCACAGCCUGCUAAUUCUGAUUCAUUCUUGAUUGGUUCUUCAGAUGUUGGUUCUCAUGACACCAAAGUUCUCAAGACCGGUGAAAAUUUAACUCCAUGUGCUAGGGACAUGUCAACUGCAACAAGUUCUAUAAAAUUCAUUUCUACACCAGUUGAGUUGAAAAGAAACCUUGCUACAUGCAUAGAUAUUGAUGAAAUGGAGAAUUUGUCUACUUCUAAAAAUCCUAGACUGUCACCACCAGAUGAACAACCAACUCCUCUUUUGGUACCCAAGAAAGAAAAGUAA